AGGAAAAGCGGACGCCGCCGAACAGGAACGCCGAAUUAUUGGACUGUUGCCGCGAAAAUGACGGAAAAAUCGGAAUUCAAGGUACCGACAAUCGAUCCGAAGGUGUUGGCCAAAGGGCGCAAAUCGGACUUGCCUCCUAGCGCCUCGAAAGUGAACCUACCGAUUCCCAAGCCGGAAGAGCUGGGCAACCCUAGCUCGUUCGAACCGAAUACCGCCGAGAUUCCGCCGAUACCGUACAAGGAACCGAGCUGGUCCGGCAAGUGUGAUCCCGACCGGAACUACUACUUUGAGGUGGAAAAGAAUGGCGUCAUCAUCGAAAAGGUGCGACAACUGCAAGGUAAACCGUUCUGGCUAUUUGGCCGGUUACCCAAUUGUGAUCUCAAUUUGGCGCAUCCAACGAUAUCCCGAUACCACGCGGUACUACAGUACCGACCGGCGCCACGGGAUGCAUCCGAUUCCGAGGAAGACGAGGAGCAGAAUAAUAAAAGACGCGCAACGCACGCUACGGUUGAACCCGGAUGGUAUCUUUACGAUUUGAACAGCACGCACGGAACGUUUGUGAACAAGCAGCAAAUAACGGCGCGCACUUAUGUUCGGUUGCGCGUCGGUUACAUAGUGAAGCUUGGGUCGAGCUCGCGGAACUACAUCCUGCAAGGACCGCCGGAUGAUGAAGAUGAACCGUCGGCCAUGACCAUCACCGAGAUAAAGGAACAAACUGCCAAGAUGCGGAAACUGCGUGACGAGAUGGCCGAAAUCGAACGAACCGAACGGGAACGUAUCGAAAAACUGAAAGAAGAGGAAGGCAUCAGCUGGGGUAUGGCGGAGGAUGCCGAUGAGGAGACGGACCUGACCGAAAAUCCGUACGCUGCCUCCAACAACGAGGAGUUGUUUUUGGAUGAUCCCAAGAAAACAUUACGCGGGUACUUUGAGCGUGAGGGGCACGAACUGGAUUAUCAGGUGGAGGAACUGCCCUCGAGGCUGUACAAAUGUACCGUCGAGCUACCGAUCGACGAUGCCAACGGUCGUCCGAUCGUGGCGACGGCAACGGACAAAAACAAAAAGAAGGAAGCGGUCGUCCAGUGUGCUCUGGAGGCGUGCCGCAUCCUGGAUCGGCAUGGUCUGCUGCGCCAGGCAAACCAUGAACCACGACGUCGAUUCAAAAAACAAUCAGACUCGGAUGAUGAUGACGAGUAUCUUGACCGUACGGGAGCCGUCGAAGAGCGCCGGAAACGGAAGGAAACGAAAAACACGCAGCAAAUUCGUUCCUACGAAGACUUGAUUCGAGAAGAGGCAGAAAUCCUCGAACGCUUGGAAAAGAUCGAGCAGGAGAUUGAAAGAAAGCAGCUCAUUUCAAAGAAAACGCGCUGGCCCGAGAACGAGGAUGAUAUGGACAAUUUUUUAAGCAACCUCAUUCCACCGCACGACAAAUUCAAACUGAAACGGUUACGCUUGGAACAAAAAAGCCUCAAUGUGAAGCAUGCACACGUUAAAAAAUUAAUCGAAAUCGCCAAACCGAUCGAUCUGGAUCGCAUCGUGACGGGUAAGCCCCUGGAAUCGUCCGGUGACGAUGCCCAAGACAAGAAGCGCAAAAUGAUGCUGCCCCUGUUUGGUAAACGGAACAAACUGAGCAACACGUUCGGCAUCCGGGGAUCGAACAUAAAGGCGGAAAAGGAUACGGAUGUGCCAGCUGAAAGUAAAGAUAAAGAAUUAGAGGCAGGGAAAGCGUCCAACAGUACGCCAGGGAACAAUGAUAAGAAAUUUACCUUCAAAACGGUGCAGCAAAGCACUGCACCAGUAUCAGCAGAAAAGAACAAACGUUCCUCCGAGGUAUCGAACCAAUCGUUGGAUGGCCGUAGCGCAAAGAAACGAUCACUAACCGAGGGCACUCAGGCUGGAGGUAGCAGUGUAGUGUCGAAACCGUCCAAGGUGAUGGUGGAAGAAGAGGAAGCAGCUGAAGAAGAUGCGGAGGCUGCUAACACCAGCAGCAGCAGAAAGAAACGUCCACGGCAGCGAACCCGUGGCAAAGCUCGAGACAACGUCGACAUCGACGAUACGGAAGAGUUGGCGAGUGAAGAUAAGAACGUAGAGUGGGUCCCACCUUCGGGACAGACAGGUGACGGUCGAACGUCGUUGAAUGAAAAGUAUGGAUAUUAGUUGUGCAGGGAUUGUGGAACAUAACGUCCAGAAUAAA